UUUUCUCGUCGCUAGUUUGACGCAGCCAGACUCAAGCGGGAAGUAUGGCUAACGUUACAACGGAGAAACCGCUUUCACCCCUUUCUUACAUGCAGUCAAGAAAAAUGGAUGGUCUGGUGGUAGACCUUUCAGAUCAAGGUCUUAACAAACUGGACUCAACAUUGUUUUCCUGUGCGGACACUCACACACUUAUCUUGGACAAUAAUAAUAUCAUUAAGUUGGAAAACCUCGACCAAGGCACAGAAAUUAAGCAGUUGUCAGUUGCCAGUAACCGGCUGGUACGGAUGAUGGGGGUGUCGAAGCUCAGAGAGCUGAGGUUGCUGAAUCUGCCCAACAAUAGCAUCGGCUACAUCGAAGGCCUGAAGGACUUGGUUCACCUGGAGUGGCUUAACCUGGCUGGCAACAAUCUCAAGGUGAUGGACGAGCUGAACAACUGUGUGGGACUGCAGUAUCUGGACCUCUCCGACAACAACGUCUCUGUAAUUGGUGACCUCACCAAGCUCACUAAUUUAAAAGCACUGCAUCUCAAUGGCAACACAAUCACUACCCUGCGCUCUGUUCCUGCCUUCCUGCCCCCCAAACUCACCGUCUUAUCUUUGGCGGAAAAUGAGAUAAAAGACCUGAAUGAGGUCUCGUACCUGGGCUCCCUCCACAGCCUGGAGCAGCUGUCCAUCGUUGGUAAUCCGUGUGUCAUGGCCAGCUCGACUCUAGCAGGCUCUGACUAUCGGCCCUAUGUGGUGAGCUGGUGCCUGAAGCUGAAAGUGCUCGAUGGAUAUGCAGUGUCUCAGAAGGAAGAAACUACAUUGCGUGUAGAAGCAUUGGGAGCUAUUGGGAAGAACAGACUCAAGGCAGAGUGGAUGUACAGCCAGGGCAAAGGUCACAGCUAUCGUCCGGGGCAACAUGACCAGCUGGUCCAGUACCUGGCCUCUGUCUGCCCCCUGACGGUGACCACUGCACUGCAGUCUGCAGAGGAUGCCAAGCUGGAGAGGAUUCUCAACAAACAGAGGCAACACCAGAGGCAGCUGUUGAAGUCAGAUCACAGAAGUAGCUCGAGCCGAGCUCACCCUGUCCCCUUUAAUCUGGACCAGCAGACACAUGAAUCAUCUGAGAGGAUUUCUGCACAGCCUCCCUCGCUUAUCUACAGGGCAGAACCGGUCGUCCAGAUAAACUCAUGGGUGGGUACGGACCCUUCAGAAGCUCCAAUCUUCUACCAUGGCGUUUCCCCAUCACGUGGCGAUGACUCCACUUCCUUGCGAUUGGAGGAUGUGCAGACCGAUGAGGAGAAGCUCCACGGCAGCCAGCUCUCUUCCGAGUCCUUCUUCCUGCCCGUGACGUCCACUGCACACCCACCCAUGUGCUCCGUCGACGAUGGCCGAGAGACGGAACCUUUCACCAUCCUCUCCAAAGCGCCGUCGCAGUCCCAUGUCCCAGCCCAACCUGCAAGGGACGUCAAGGCAACGAGAGUCGGACAAAAGACGCCCACGUAUAGCCUGGUUGUAUCUUCACCCAUGGUGCCACAUGAAAACUGCAGCCUGUCUGUAACGCCUGGAGAGAAGCAUUCAGAAGUGGAAGGGAACGUGGUGUGUUCACAGGCCAAUAACAGGAACUGUGUGAAGGUGAACGGAGAACAGUGUCGUUUGGCAGAGUCCGCCCCGGCGGAGAAUGGCGAAGGAAAACCGUGCUCACUAGAUGCGGCCGCGGUGCGGAUACAGGCAUGGUGGCGUGGCCACUGGACACGGCUCUGCCAUCCGCAGGCCAAAGAGGUGCGGUCAGAAAUCCGCUUACGCCGCAUGCAGGAACACAUCCUGUACUUGACAGCGGAGCUCGAGAGAGUUCACCAGCAACAGGAAGAAGAGAGGUUACAGAGGUUAGUUCAGGAGGAAGCCGUGAAGUGUCUUUGGAAGCAGCUUCAGUCAGUGGUCACAUGGCAGAACGCAGUAAUGGAACAGCUGAAGUGUGGCUCUGCCCUGUCCGGCUCCAGGCCCUGUGCACCAUUUUCCCAGUCUGAGAACCAGGCCCCAACACAGCCUGAAUUACACUCUUAUGUUGACCACCAGGGGGUCCCACAGGACAGCAUUAAUAGCAAAGUGACUGUUAACUCUCCAGACCUUGUGUCACCAGUUGAGGCAGCAGCAGCAGCACGGUCAAACUCUGUGGAAAGCAGUCAAGGAAAUAUUGAAGAGCAACAUUUCAGUCUUGAGCAGAAAGAACAAGAGUAAGAGGAAAAAGUUGAAGAAAGAAACAUGAAGAUGGUGCAGUUGAGGUGGAAGGAAAGCUAAUCUCAAGGUUAAUCUUUUCUAUUGACUUUCCAUCCUGUCAGUACGUGACUGGCCCACAAGUGUUGCUUGUCUGUGCUUGUUAGCUGCUAACACUGAUGACCAGAGAAGGGAGUGAGCUGGUACUGAACAUGUUUACCUAUUGUGCGUGCUCAAAAUGUCACGCGCGUGGCACAGGCUGUGUCUCAAAGUAAUGCCAAGUCAAGUAAUAUAUUAAAGAACUACUGAAAGCUGAAACACUGUAGUGGUCUAAUACUACCAUUACCACUAUGAUAUAAGUUGUGCUGUGUCCAAAGCCAUGCCAGGAAGUAUGUUGGACAUUACAGAAGAAUUGGACACAGUGCAAGUGUCUGAAAUGUAUUUAACAUGCUCUGGGAACCAUUGUAUGUUUUGCAUGCAGGAGAAAUAGAAUAAUUUAGCUGUAUCUGACAUGUAUUGAAGGAUGAACUGUAUGGAUUGUAAAUACAAAAUGAUUGUUUAUGCGAUUUUGCCUGAAUGAUUCCUUUAUGUUAAAUGUAUAAUAGUUUUCUAAAGUUUUCUCUCACCCUCCCUUUCUCUCUGUUUGUGUCCUUAUAGCCAGUGUGUAAUUUGUUAAAAAAGGAGAUAUGAUUUGAUGAUUGAAACUAUACACAUUGAUGUUGUUGAAAGUAAUGUACAUCUCCUGAGCAUUUUUAACUAGUCAUUUAAGUGCAUAUUUAACAUGCAGACAAUGGCCUAUGUUAUGAAUAACAUGUAUUCAUUUUGUUACAUUUUGUGUGAUUAAUACUUCAAAUAUAAAAUAUUUUUGUGUUAUUUA